AUGAUGGAUAAUGUUUCCAUCAUAAAGAUGUUCACUCUUUCAGGGUUAAGUGAGACAACAGACCACCGAGUCACUUUGUUCUCUCUCACAUUGUUGUGUUAUGGCGUGAUUUUACUGGUAAACAUUUCUCUCAUCCUGACCAUUAUCAUGGAUAAAAACCUGCAUGAGCCCAUGUAUAUUCUGUUGUGCGCUUUUUGCAUUAAUGGGCUUUAUGGGACUACAGGCUUCUACCCCAAAUUCCUCCUGGAUCUACUGUCUCUGUCUCAUGUUAUCUCUUAUUCUGGAUGCCUUGUUCAGGCUUUAGUAAUGUACUCGUUUGCUUGCAGUGAUCUAUCUAUUCUUGCACUUAUGGCCUAUGACAGAUAUCUGGCCAUAUGUCGACCACUGGAGUACCACUCUAUCAUGACUAAACAGAGACUGUCUCAGUUAGUAAGUUUCUCAUGGAUAAUACCUUUUUGUAUUAUUUCCAUUAACAUUCUGCUGACUUCUCGACUGACACUAUGCAGUUCAAAGAUUCAGAGACUCUACUGUGUGAACUGGAUAAUUGUUAAACUUGCUUGCUCUUAUGUUGACACGACUGUUAACACUAUAAUUGCAUACAUGACAAUAAUAUUUUAUGUCUUUCAUGGUUUCAUGAUAGUUUGGUCUUAUAUGUAUUUGCUCAAAACAUGUAUGAAUUCUAUUGAAAACAGGAGGAAGUUCAUGCAAACAUGCGUGCCACAUUUAUUCUCUUUGCUCACUUUUCUCGUUACCAUAGUCUUUGAUGUAAUGUACAUGCGAUUCGGCUCCAAAGAUUUACCUCAAGUGUUUCAAAAUUUUGUCGCAAUGGAAUUUCUUCUCAUUCCUCCGGUUAUGAAUCCCUUAAUUUAUGGUUUCAAACUGACCAAAGUGCGGAACAGAAUCCUGGGCUUCCUUUGUGGUAAAAGUAAAUAG